AACUUUGGCUGUAAUGUAAUUUACUUAUUCUGUUCCAUAAGCCGAGCUUGUGGCUAUUUAGUCGGGGGCUUACGGAACCUUAGAGCGCGAUGGUCAACCACACUAGCCACAGUAAUGACUAAUCUACUUCUUCGGUCUUCGGUCUUGUCUAUCUAGCAAGCAACUGUCCAAGCUGCAAGACUGCAAUCCUCCAGUCAACCUCCACACUCCCCCUACGUUCCACUGCAAUAAUAACUUUCUCCGGCAUCCACACCAUGUGCUACGUUCGUAUCAUCGACACCGGGCGCAACUCUGCCGCGGCACGACUGUAGCUGCAUCGCGUAACAGCGGACAUCUGGCCAGCACUCCAACCGCCUUUGUCGAUCGUAAACCAUUCCUUGGUGGUGUGACAAGAAAAUACUUCGAAAACCUGUACAACACUGAGGUCGGAUGGGUGUAGGUUGUUCUACUGCACAAUGCUGAGAUGCGAUGGAUGAGGAUGGUGACCCAAUGGAAGGAGCGGAGCGUUUUUUGUAACACUCAAGGUUCGGUGUACAAGUUAUGCCAAUUCAAUCAGAGCAGGAUUUCUGUAAGACUCUGCAAUGCCCCUGUGCAAUGUUGUCGAAAGCGUAAAUAGGUAAAGGCUGCCUUAAGCUGCUCGGCUCAUUAACAGAUGAACACUGCGAACCCGCUCAAACCUCAGCUUACUCACACCUCCACGAUGUCCAGUGAUGGUAGCAUCUCCUUGGCAGCUUCAUCGGACCCAUCCUCUUACCCGCCGAACACGGGUACUAGUCGUUUUGGUAAUAGCGCAGCGUCUAUUACGUCCUUAUACGACGACCGAAAACGAGCGCACAAGUCGGCUGUGGUGCAAGCGCUCACAGAUCCAGCGCUUACGAAAUUGAUGGAAAGAACGGCUUAGGCUUAUAAAGUGAAAUGGACCAGGAGCAGCACAUGUUGGUACACAAGUCGCGAUUUUGUUUGCAGCAAGGAUUCGCUGACCCUAACACGGUAGCGAUGGUAGAUUGCCGGCUUAAAAUCGAGGGCCUCACGAACGGUUCUUCAGCUGAACGACGGUAUUUCGAAUGGAAUCUAGGAAGGAAACAUGUACUGGCUGUACACAUCGCAGACUUGCUGAUCCAGUCGAUAUCAUGGGCUUGAACUGAGGCUUUCACAU